ACUGGGAGGGAGGGCGAGGGGGAAGGAGGGAUGGUAAGAGCAGACGGAGCUCAAAUUCAGUCCUGUCAGUGAGUAGCGGCACUCAGAAAUAGCAGAGAAGAGAGGGAGCCCGGAAACGCAUGGUGAACUAAUGGAUUACUCUCACAGACUCUUGUGAACUACACAGCAUCGACAUACCAUCAACCACACAACCUGGCAAAUACAGUACAGACAUACAAUAUUCACACUGAUUUCACUUCAGCCUCAUACACUCAACAAGCUCUCUACAAAUUUAAAUCACACAGACUUUGAGACAGACAGUUCUAACACAGGUCUCUUAAUCUACAUUAGAGUAAAUAGACACACGGAUUCUCUGAUUCUGACACAAACACAGACACAAUGGAAAUGCAUGGGCUUCAGUGUUGAACUGAAGGACCAAAGAUGUGAAUUUCGGUGAGGAUUCUGACACCUUUGUGAAACAUCACUGAAGAGCACCACAAGCAAAACAGGACACGCAUGAAGAGGUUGACCAUGCACUGACAAAAAGGCAUGGAAACCAUCUCCGGGGAAAUGGGUUGGAAUGGAUUAGGCCACUCCUCUCUGGCAUCCGUGACAACAGGAAGAACCAACCUCACUUCCUCCCUCUUCUCCGACUUCACAUCCCUUAACAGUUCUCAUGAAGGGGCAGGGUCCUAUUACUGGAUUAUCCCCGAGAACGCCUCAGCCACCACGCCCCAUGCCUUACCCCAGCCCAGGGUGAGGGAUCUGGGUCUGGCCCGGGCGGAGAUAGGGGUCCUGGGCUUGGUGCUGGCCCUCACUACCCUAGGGAAUGGCUUCGUACUGUGGGUGCUGCUCCGCAGGAGGAAACACAACGCUCCCAUGCAUCUGUUCAUGGUCAACCUGUGUCUGGCUGACCUGGUGGUGGCGCUGUUCCAGGUUUUCCCCCAGCUGGUGUGGGACAUCACAGAAAGGUUCCAGGGGCCGGAUUUUCUGUGUCGCUCAGUAAAGUACCUGCAGAUCGUAGGGAUGUUCGCGUCCUCCUAUAUGAUCGUAGCCAUGACAGUGGACCGGCACUAUGCCAUCUGCUGCCCACUGCAGGCCUAUCGUGGUGGGUCCGUGUCCCGCUGGAACACCCCUAUUAUGAUGGCCUGGGGCCUGGCCUUACUUCUCUCUAUACCACAGUUGUUCAUCUUCUCGCGGUCGGAGGUGUCUCCAGGAGAGUUUGAGUGCUGGGCUAACUUCGCUGAGCCGUGGGGACUCAAGGCCUACAUCACCUGGAUGACCCUAGCAGUGUUCUUACUGCCAGCACUAAUCAUCACGGUCUGCCAGAUCCGGAUCUUCAGAGAGAUUCACAACAACAUCUAUCUGAAGUCAGAGAGGAUGGUGUCAGCAGAGCUCAAGAAGAACAACGAUGUCAUCUUCCACUUCCACAGAGUCAAAAAGGACGACGACAGAGCGACCAGGGAGCAGGGGAGAGGGGGAUGCAGAGGGGGGAGAGGAGCAGGAGGGGAACAGCUUCUAAAGACUAUGAACAACAACCCCUCCAGCACUCUCUGUAACCCUCUCUUACCGCUCUCCCCCCAGUCUACUACAGCUGUUGUACCCUCAGAGUGCUAUCCCUACCUGUCCCCCUCUCCACAAUACAGCAGCUGUCACAACAACCACACAGCAGCAACACAGCAAAGCCCCUUCAACACCCCAGAUAACCUAACCCUCCCCUCCAACCCCGGCCUCAGUGACCAAAGGGGCUCUAGUACAACUGUAGUUCCCCCAUCAUGUGACACGUGCUCACAUGGAUCCCAUGGCCCAGUCACCUCAGGUGGUUGUGGUGGUGGUUCAGUGCCUCCUAACAAUGGUGGAUGCUACUGUCAUGAGUCCUACACAUCCUUCGAGCUCCCAUCCUCCCCCCGGUGUGUCUCCUCUCCACGCCCAUCGCUGGAGUACCCUCCCCCACCCCCCCGGGCCCUGACGCCCCCCUCCAUCUCCAAGGCCAUGUCUAAGACGGUGAGGAUGACUCUGGUGAUAGUGUUGGUCUACACAGUCUGCUGGUCCCCCUUCUUCAUCGUUCAGCUGUGGGCCGCCUGGGACCCCAACCCUCCAGACCAAGGCGUAGCUUUCACCAUCCUGAUGCUGCUGGCCAGUCUGAACUCGUGUACCAACCCCUGGAUCUACACCUUCUUCAGCAGCUCUGUGUCCAGGGAGCUACAGGCCAUGUUACGCUGCAGACCAAGAACCCCGCGCAGGGGCUCCAUACCUGACGACUCCACCACCACACACACCUCCACCACCAAGGACAGCCUCUACUGACACACUCAGACACUCACACAGCACACACACUCCACCAAGGACAACUUGUACUGUCUCACACACACACCACCACCUCCACUGCUGCCAGCACCUAAGACUAGAGGACAGCCUGCACUGACCUUCAGGCAGCAAACACAUUUCCCCGGAAACAUGGACAGCUGUGUUAUGGCCAGAAAGGAAGGACCCCUAUGAAACAUGUCUGUCUGUCUGUCUGUCUGUCUGUCUGUCUGUCUGUCUGUCUGUCUGUCUGUCUGUCUGUCUGUCUGUCUGUCCCCUCUGUCUGUCCCCUCUGUCUGUCCCCUCUGUCUUCUCUCCCUCACACCGAGGAGGUUGCUAUUGAACGAGAGGAGAAACGUGAGUCAGCCGAGGAGGACAAAUGUGAGUGAAGACAUCGACACUACGUAAUGGAAUAUACACCUUUACAGCACCUGUAUAGGGAGAUCCUAUGCUGAUUAUUGGCUGCAACCCAACUCCAAUCAGAGGCCUGAAGAGAGGAGAGGAAAGGUGAUAUGAAGGUAGAGGAACAGUGGAUGACUUUUACUCUUUUGUUUAGAUCUAGAGUAACUGUCUGAAUCCCAGUAGAGGGAGAGGGAGGGAGGGAGAGAGAUAGAGAGAGUGAGCAUUUCCCAUGCCAAUAAAGCCCUUAAAUUGAAUUGAAUUGAGAGACAGAGAGGGAGGGAGAGUGAGUGUGAAAGAAAUAACUGGAGAGGACCAUUUUUGGAAGCAGAAUAAACAGAGGAUGACAGCGUGGGAGCAAUCCUUGGAGGAGGGGCGGUUGAAGUAGUGAAAGCUAAUAUUAUGGAUAGACUACAGGAAAUCAAAUCAAAAUGUAUUCUAAAUGCAUGCCUGAGGUGGAAUUCAUCUUCACUCAGGAGAGCUGGAGAGGAAUAUCUGGUGAAAGAAAGAAAGAAAGAACAAUGGUGACUUGUGAAAAGAGAAAGAGAUCUGGGGAGAAAUCUGAAAAAAUACUCUGGAUAAACAAUACUAAACACAUUGGAGCAUGUUCAACAUAAUAAGAGAAUAAUAAGAGAAUGAAUCUAGCAGACCAAGGCUUCGACAAUAAACUGGGACGCAAUUAUGUGAUUAUAUUUCACAUCUGGAGAGAAAUAUGAAAAAGAUUAUCUGGAUAAACAAUACUAUACACACGGGAGCAUGUUCAAGAUAGAGAGAGAGAGACUUCUUAGAAGUACUUCUUAAAAGUGCAAUACCACCGCCACCGUCAUGUAUGGAUGUCACACUAUGAGUAUAGCUCAUAAACACAUGGAAACGUGACUCUUCACAGACUGCCCACUGCUAAUAUGCAGUGAUGACCACAUCUGAAUAUGUUAUGGUGUCAAGUCCAUGCACAAGUAGUAACACAUUGUAGAAAAACCACAAGGAAUUUAAUUUAGACUGUACAAUGAAGGAAAUUACCAUUCCAUGUAAAUCAAUGAUUUUAAAUAUAUUUAUUGAAAGUAUUGCAGAGGCACAGUACAGUACGACCAUUAUUAUUUACAGAUUGUGUAAGAGAUUAUGAUGAAUAUAUACUAUGUCUGACAUACAGGUAACUGCCAAAAUAAAGGAAACACCAACAUAAAGUGUCUUAAUAGGGCGUUGGGCCACCACUAGCCGCCGGAAACAGCUUCAAUCCGCCUUUGCAUAGAUUCUACAAGUGUUUGACACCUUUCCUUCCAUCAAUUGGUGUUUUGUUGACAGUGGUGGAGAUCUGGUGAUCUGAGACAUACACACACACAGACACACACAAAUAAUGGGCAACUGGGCAUUUUAUAUAUGACCCUAAGCAUGGUGGGAUGUUAAUUUCUUAAUUAAAUCAGGAACCACCUGCUUUCAAUAUACUUUGUAUCCCUCGUUUACUCAAGUGUUUCCUUUAUUUUGACAGUUACCUGUAUUUUCUAUAAUUGUAAAGGGUCCAACAGAGAUGUACUUGAGUAAAGUGAUAAAGAACCAAAAAGACUACACUACUGUUCAAAAGUUUGGGGUCACUUACAGAUGUCCUUGUUUUUGAAAGAAAAUCUAAUUUUUUGUCCAUUAAAAUACCAUCAAAUUGAUCAGAAAUACAGUGUAGCCAUUGCUAAUGUUGUAAAUGACUAUUGUAACUGGAAACAGCACAUUUUUUAUGGAAUAUCUACAUAGGCCCAUUAUCAGUAACCAUCACUCCUGUGUUCCAAUGGCACGAUGUGUUAGCUAAUCCAAGUUGAUCAUUUUAAAAGGCUAAAUGAUCAUUAGAAAACCCUUUUGCAAUUAUGUUAGCACUUUUCUUUAAAAAACAAGGACAUUUCUAAGUGACCCCAAACUUUUCAACGGUAGUGUAUAUACCAAAUAUGUUAAUGCUACAAUAUCUGCAUAGGAAACAAAGAAUAGCCACAUGUUCAGGUCUAACGUACAGUAACAAUGAAGUUGAGAUGUAUAAGAUCAUAUUUACUAGAUACUGAAUUUAGUAUGCUUUAGUAAGCCUAAGAUGAGUUGUGUUUUGGAAAUAUAGAAUGAGGGCAUCCGUUGUCUAUUAAGGUGAAACUAUCAUUCAGUUGAUAUCAGGAUCCAAAUUAGCCUGGUCCCAGAUCUGUUUUUGCUGCUUUGCCUAUUGUCAUGGCAAGGCAGCACAGACAGAUCUGGGACCAGGCUAGAUCCAAAUCACUCAGAACCAAACAAAGUGCCUGUAUUGUUAUUGCCAGUGCUUGACUUGAACUGAAACAUGCUCCGGUACUAGUUUUAGGUGCCUGUACUCUUUAUAUUCAGGUGCAGGAGCUCCACAAUACUUUUGAGCUAAUAUUCUAUAAGAGGAACAGGAGCUCAAGCAGUGGAACAUUUGAGGCACCGGUACUCAGCUCCGGUGAGCUCCUGCCCAAGUCAAGCACUGGUUAUAGCAGCAAUAAAAUAAAUAGUAGAGAGAGGGGCUUCCCUAGCCUGGUCUCAGAUCUGCUAUCUUGCCAACUGACCAUAGGAGUUGGCAAUACAACACAAACAGAUCUGAGACCAGGCUAGGGCCCCAUCCUAGGACAAUACAGUAUUUACUGUAGUAGAGAGGCCUUAUAAUACAGAUCUGGUAGUAGAGAGGCCGUAUAAUACAAUAUAAUACAGCAUUUACUGUAGUAGAGGGACCUCACACAUAGGACAAUAUAAUACAGUAUUUACUCUAGUAGAGGGGCCUCACACAUAGGACAAUAUAAUACAUUAUUUACUGUAGUUGAGGGGCCUCACACAUAGGACAAUAUAAUACAGUAUUUACUGUAGUAGAGGGGCUUCCCUCUAGACAGACAGACAAACCACAAAAAGCAGGGAUCAGAUUCAUAUUAUGUCAGACCUCAAGUCAUGUUAUAUGGUCCACAUGUGUUUAUAUCUCUAAUUUAUUCUAUGUCUAAACAAAUGAGAAAUGGACAUAUUUAAGUUCCCGUUAUUACUACCUUAUGUUCCUGUAUGUAGCGAUGUAUGUAUUUCUGUUUUUGUUAUAUUUUCUAUUCCUUUAUUUAUUUAUAAUACUACACUAAAUAGGCCCUUCAACUGCAUGACAGACUUAUGACAACAAUAAUCUGUUACAAACCUUUCUUUAAGAUCAUUAUUACUAUGAUAGCUACAUACGUACAUGUUGUAACUUUGUGUGUAUAAAAGGAGAUUAAAUCCACAUGUCUGUGUCUACCAAUUUCAAA